UGAGAGCGAUUAGAGUCGAGCGACGUAAACAAACAUGGGUCCUUGACUGUCACCGCCGGGCAGUCGCGCCUACGCACAUAGUUUAGGACAAGGGCACCAGACACACAAAGCAACCGUAGUGCAGAGUCUAGAACAUAAAGCUACGUUCCAGGUUCAAGCAGAGGAAAGAUUAUUGCCAAGAGACAUCACGUGGAAGCCUUCCAGACUAAGAAGUAUCACGAUGGAAGUAGCGACAGGAAAGGCUGAAGUGGGACAGGCAGCAAAUGGAGUAGGACACAUGUCAGUUCAACAAAAUGGGGAGGUGGCAGGGCGCAUGGUGGUGCAGCAGUGUCUCAGUGCAUCUCUCAAGCUGGAGAGAUCUGAGGAUGAGGCACCUGAGAUUGUUAAAAUUGGCCGUGGCAUGGUUGUCUUUGUGUGCUUCUUGGAGAAAGCAACAGAAGAAACAGUUGAUAAGUUGUCCAAACACAUAACUAAUGUACGGCUGUGUGAGAAUGACAACGGUCGCCGUGUGUCAGUGUGUGAUGUGCAGGGUGAUGUUCUCAUUGUGCCCCAAGCAACUCUAGGUGGCAAGCUGAAGGGUAAAGCAAUGCAGUAUCACAUGAAUAUUGAUAAGGUUUUUGGAGAAGCUCUUUACCGUAAGUUUUGUCAUCAAGUACGGAGCAGUUCAGAAAAGGUUUCAAGUGGCAAUGUCAAGUGUGGAGUGUAUGGCACCAGGCAGGUCCUGAGUAUGGAUACCAAUGGACCAUAUACUCAUAUCAUAGAAGUGUAAAACUCCACUUGUGCUUUGAAAAUGAUCUUCAGGUGAGUGUGGCCUUAUAUUACCCAAUAUUAUCCUGACAGUGUGGUUGCCAUAAAAAGGAAUAAAUAAAUUAUCUUUGAUGUAAAAUAACCUUUGUUGGAAAGUUUAUAAUGUGUCAUGAAUCACCCUAGACAAGAGUGUAACUACUAGCUUGAAAAUACAUUCCCAUAAGAUCCAGUGUUAUGAAAUAAAACUUAUAAGUGAA